CCUGCCUGGGGAAUAAAUAGAGCACUUCUGGGAGCCCAGCUCCACGGUGACUUCCUCGCUCCCUGCCACACACGACUGGACAGCCGACAACAGCGGCCCCACCAUGAAGCUCCUGACAGUCCUCCUGCUGGUGGCCCUCCCCCUCUACUGCUCCGCAGGUUCUGGCUGCCAACAACUCGAGAAUAUAGUUGCAAAGACACUCGAUCCAGACAUAUCUGUGGAUGACUUCAAAAAUUACCUGAAAGAGUACAUAGACAAUGAAAGGAGCUCAGAGGCCGUUGGGGAAUUUAAACAGUGUUUUCUCAAGCAGUCAGAUGAAACGCUGAAAAAUUUUGGAGAGAUGAUGCAAAUAAUAUACGACAGCCCUUGGUGCAAACCCUUUUAACUUUCCACAAGACCUUUGGCUCAGACACUGCAGACGGACUAUGGUCAGAACCCAACUUCUGAUUGCUAGAAACCACAAUUUUCCUUCUUCCUUUGCUCUUGUAAGUGGAAACUGCAAGACAAUUGUUGAAACCUCACAUACACUUUAAUUUCAAUAAACUAACUG